AUGGCAACGUUUUCCUGCAGGUACCAAGCGCCGCCGCAGCAGCAGCAGCGUCAGACUGCCGCCUUCCAGCAGAAGUAUGGGCCACAGCCGACAGCGCAUCCCUUCUACCAGGGAGAUACGCCUCGCUACCAGGCGGCGCAGCAGGCGCCAGAGCCGGCGCCCAUGCUGGCGCAGCACGUCGGGCCAAGCUCGCCGAGUGUUCUCCAGCAGGGGGCAGCACCGCCGAGGAAGUUCCAGUCGGCAGUGCAGAUAACGCCGACCGCUGGAGGGAGCCACCAGCAGCAACAGGGUGCUCAGGGGACGUAUCAUACACCGCAGAACCCACAGUACCAACAGCAACAAGCGCCGCAGUCUGUGGCCUACCAACCAAGUGGUACACCCCAAUCUGUACCAUACCAACAAAGUGGUACACCCCAAUCUGUACCAUACCAACAAAGUGGUGGGCCCCAAUCUGUGGCCUACCAACCAAGUGGUACACCCCAAUCUGUACCAUACCAACCAAGUGGUACGCCCCAAUCUGUACCAUACCAACAAAGUGGUGGGCCCCAAUCUGUGGCCUACCAACCAAGUGGUACGCCCCAAUCUGUACCAUACCAACAAAGUGGUACACCCCAAUCUGUGGCCUACCAACCACGUGGUACACCCCAAUCUGUACCAUACCAACAAAGUGGUGGGCCCCAAUCUGUGGCCUACCAACCAAGUGGUGGGCCCCAAUCUGUAGCCUACCAACCUAGUGGUCCUAGAUCAGUUUCUUACCAACCAGAUUCUGGCCCUCAGUCAGUGUCUUACCAACCAAGCAGGCCGCAGCAGCAGCAGCAGCAGCAGCAGCAGCAGCAGCAGCCAAUCACACCAGUUUCAUACCAACCAAGCACACCAGUGUCUUACCAACCAAGCACCCCUGUCUCAUACCAACCCACUACUCCCGUGGGCUACCAACCACCCACGCCUGUAGCAUACAAACCUUCGACACCCGUGGGAUACCAGCCACCCACUCCCGUAUCCUACCAGCCUACCACACCGGUAGCUUACCAACCCAGCCCGCCGCAAGGACAAGGCGGUCUGUAUCAAUCAACAGGCAGUUCCCCUCAACCCUAUGGAGAUUACAGCGUCCCUCCUUUCACGCUUGGCGAUGCACCAAAAGGCGGGCAGCAUGGGCAGUUUGGAGUGAGCAGCCCUCAGGCGUAUCAACCGAGUCCCCAGCCGUCGUCGUAUUCUCCAUCAGCGCAGAGUUUCGCCCCGGAGUCGACAGGUGGCGCUGCGCCGCCGCCGCCGCCCCCGCCGCCUAGCCCCACCGAGCGGAGGGCCGCCGCCGCCGCCCGCCGCCGCCGCCCGGAGCGGGUGGAGCGCCCGUGA